AUGUCACAAUUUUCAUCUUUUAUCGUUGUUUUCUUCUUCUUUUUUAGUCUUGUAGUUUGUUCUUAUGCUAUAAGCAAUGGUUUUAGUGUUGAACUCAUCCACCGUGAUUCUUAUAAAUCACCACUCUACAACCCUACACAAAAUAAAUCUCAACAAAUUAUCAAUGCUUUACAUCGUUCUAUCAACCGUGUCAAUUAUGUCAAUCAAGAAUUUUCUCUUACUAAAGACAAACUUAACUUAUCUUUGACCUAUGAUGACAAUGAUGGUGAGUAUCUCAUGAGUUAUUCUAUUGGUACCCCUCCAUUUAAGGUCUACGGUCUUUUAGACUCAGGUAGCAACUUAAUAUGGCUUCAAUGUAAGCCUUGUGAUAUAUGUUACAACCAAACAUAUCCUAUUUUUAAUCCUUCAAAAUCUUCUAGUUACCAAAACAUUCCGUGUUCUUCUAGUGCAUGCAAAUCUACGGAAGAAGUUGCUUCUUGUUCUCAUGAUAGAGAUGUUUGUGAAUAUACAUUAGAUUAUGGACGUGGAACAAAGACACAUGGAGAUCUUAUUUGGGAGACAAUUACAUUAGAGUCCACCUCUGGAUCUAUUGUCUCAUUUCCUAAAAUUAUGAUAGGAUGUGGACACACUAAUACUUGGAGAACAGCAAAAAAUUCAGGUGUAAUUGGCCUUGGAAUCGGACCUAUGUCAUUUAUAAAACAAUUAGGAUCUUCCACUAAAGGAAGAUUCUCAUAUUGUUUAAUUGGUGAUAGGAAUGUUAAUCUAUCUAGCAAGAUUAGUUUUGGAGAUGCUGCUAUUGUUUUUGGUAAUAAUGUUGUUUCAACUCCUAUGGUUAAAAUGAUAGGAAACAACCAAGUAGACUAUUACUAUCUAAAUUUGAAAGCAGUUAGUGUGGGAAGUAAAAGAAUAAAGUUAGAAUCCGCAGUUAAAAAAAUGGUUAAACUAGAGCGUUUUCACGAUGAUAGUGGUCUCUAUAAUCUUUGUUAUAAUACCACAUCCAAACAAUCCACACCCAAACAACCAAACUAUCCUGCAAUUGUUGCACAUUUUAGUGGAGGAGAUGUUAAAUUAGAUUCUAAGGGCUACUUUAGUUUUUUAUCUGAAGGGAUUGAAUGCUUUAGUAUUUUCCCACAUGAACGUGAUUUAGGAAUCUAUGGAAACAACGCACAAGUGAACUAUUUGGAUUAUCUCUAA